AUGGACGGGGCGCUGCAAGGCAGCCAGAAGGCAGAGCUCCACCAAGCCCACGAUGGGGACAGAUUGGCCCUAAAUUUAGCUAAACAUCAGCCCCGGAAGGAACUUUCAAGAAGCACAGUGCACGACAGCAGCCAUGAUCACCGUCAGUGUGCUUUUAACUCUGGUAAAGUGGAUACUGUCGCCAUCAAUGACCCUUUCAUUGACCUCAACUACAUGGUCUACAUGUUUCACUAUGAUUCUGCCCAUAACAAAUUCCAUGGCACCGUCAAGGCUGAGAAUGGGAAGCUUGCCAUCAAUGGAAAUCCCAUCACCAUCUUCCAGGAGCGAGAUCCCUCCAAAAUCAACAGGGGCAAUGCUGGUGCUGAGUACAUAGCGGAGUCCACCAGCAUCUUCACCACCAUGGAGAAGGCUGGGGCUCACUUGCAGGCGGUAGUCAAAAGGAUCAUCACCUCUGUCCCCUCUGCUGAUGCCCCCAUGUUCGUGAUGGGCGUGAACCAUAAGAAGCAUGACAAUAGCCUCAAGUUCGUCAGCAAUGCCUCCUGCACCACCAAGUGCUCGGCACCCAAGGUCAUCCAUAACAGCUUGGUUGUCUCCGCCGACUUCCGCAGCGACACGCACCCUUCCACCUUCGAUGCUGGAGCUGGCAUUGCCCUCAAUGACCACUUUGUCAAGCCAAUUCCCUGGUGA